UUCACAAUGAAAAGACCCCAGACGUGUUCAUGCUACCCGGUCAUCAUUCGGAUCUUUCUCGGUUCCUUCGAACGACUUCAAACCUAAAGCGAAAAAAAAAACCUGCAGACUCUGCUCAACAUAAUAUUCGCUACAGCUUGAUGACUACUGAAGCACUGUCAUCUAGAACCCUAUGGGACAUUGUCUCUACCUGCAUGCUGACUCUCCUUGCAUGCGUAUAUAGUUCCGUUCACCCCAAUGUCCCGAGUCCUACAGACACGCUCGUUCAUAUUUUAUUGCGACGGUUUGGCAUCAUGGGAUUUGCACUACUCUCUCCUGAAACGGCUGUUGCAUGGGCUUUGCGCCAGUGGCUCUGGUCUCGUCAUGUUACAGCACAGUUUAAGGACCACUUCAGUGUUCGUCGUCCUCAAGAGCGGUAUGAAGAACAUGAUAACAACCGGGCUCUCGCCCACCAUGCUGAAGGUGAACCAUCCGGACCAAUGUUUAUUCGGCAGUUCCAUACUCUUGCGGAGCCAUUCAAGGAGUGGCUUAAGGUACAUUAUUCAGAGCAACCCGAAGAUUACACAUGGACUCAGACUCACAGCUUCUUUGCGCUGAUGGGCGGUUUUAUGCUUUAUGUGGAUGGGGAACCCUACCAGACACUAUCGCCUGACAACCUUCUCUUUCUGAUACGUACCGGCUCUAUCGAUGCCCCUGCCCUGACAGUAAGGCAGAUCUACGACCGGAGCAAAGGGAAUGCGAUAUCAAAAGGAUUGGUCAUUUUUCAGGGGGCUUGGUUUAUCAUGCAACUCCUUUCCCGCGUCAUUUAUCACCUCGACAUCACACAUAUUGAAAUGGCGAUACUCGCUUUUGUCGUUCUCAAUUUCUUUUCUUAUGCUCUGUGGUGGAAUAAGCCUCUCGAUGUACAAUGUCCUCAUCCAAUUUACUGGAAGUCGACCAAGUCCACCUCAGAGAUAAGCUUUCCUAGCGUCUCAGAAGAUGAUGAUCUCCCUGUGUCUUCGGAGAUCGUUGUUCUGUAUAUCAUUGACUCAUAUUUGCAGAUCGGUGGUGUUGAUGCCAUGUCCCCUCGAAAGCUGCGAGCUCCAACGUUCGAUAACAUCCGUGGCAUCAAACUAAAACCCUGGGAAAGUAAUGUUCUUACGUCCGUUGGAUUCACAAUGACAAUCAUCUUUGGCGGCAUCCACUGUACUGCUUGGUUGUAUACUUUUCCCUCAUAUCAAGAACAGGUCUUAUGGUUCACGAGUGCCAUCAUUACAACGUGCACGCCCUGCAUUAGUUUCGUGGUGGCCUUUGUUCUGCUUAGAUCGAGAAUUGAACGAAGGGGCUCUGAGUCGCUCAAGUUUACAAUGUUUCUCAGGACAUGUCUUGUAUUUUACUCCACAGCACGUGGCCUCCUGCUCAUACUUAUGUUCACCACUUUACGCAAUCUUCCUUCUAGCGCAUACAAGGUGGUGUCUUGGACUAGUUUGGUGCCGCAUUUGUAGUUCU